AUACGAUGGAGUUUAACUGGACUUUUGUUUUCGUUUCUUUCUUAACUAUUCUCUUUCUUCUUUACCUCCGAAAGAAAUAUGCCACAACCGGCGGAAAACGGCAACCACCAGCUCCACCAGGGUGGCCUGUGUUUGGUAACCUUUUUAAUCUUGGUGCCAUGCCACAUAGAACUGUGGCCGGACUUGCCGCUGAAUAUGGUCCGGUCAUUAGCUUAAAGCUUGGCUCAGUGAACACAGUGGCGAUCUUGAGUGCCAAGGCCGCCACUGAGUUUUUCAAGAACCAUGAUCUGACGUUCAUGGAACGCACGAUCACCGAGGCCAGUAAGUCUCACGGUUAUGACAAAUCUUCCUUAGCACUCGCCCCAUACGGAAUGUACUGGCGAGUGCUGAGGAAGAUCUGUACAGUCGAGAUGCUUGUGGCAAAAAGGAUCAACGAGUCGAUCGCCGUUAGGAGACGGUGUGUUGAUGACAUGUUAACUUGGAUUGAAAAAGAAGUCGAUUCAAGUGAAAUUGGGACCGGGAUCCACGUUGCAAAGUUUGUGUUCCUCUCGUCGUUUAACCUACUAGGCAACCUCAUGCUCUCCCGCGACUUGGCAGGCCCGGAUUCUAAACUUGCAUCCGAGUUUUUUACUGUGAUGAUAGGGAUGAUGGAAUGGGGCGGUCAUCCGAAUAUAUCGGAUUUGUACCCGUGGCUGAAAUGGUUCGAUUUACAAGGGGUGAGAAAGAAAAUGGACCGAGAUGUUGGAAAAGCGAUAGAAAUAGCAACGGGGUGGGUAGAAGAGCGGGUGGAGGAGCGGAAAAAGGGGGUCGAGAGACAUAAGGACUUUUUGGACGUGUUGUUGGACUACGAGGGCACCGGAAAAGAUGAACUAGAGAAGAUGUCAGAGAGGGACAUCACUAUUUUUAUUUUGGAGAUAUUUUUGGCUGGGUCUGAAACAACUAGUAGUACGGUUGAAUGGGCCUUAAGCGAGUUACUCAGGGCACCUAACAAAAUGAUUCAGGCCAAACAUGAGCUGAAGUCGGUGAUUGGCCGGAAUGAGAAACUCGAAGAGAGUUCCAUUGAUAACCUUCCUUACCUACAAGCCAUCGUAAAGGAAACUCUACGGCUCCAUGCUCCAAUCCCAUUCCUGGUCCCACGAAAGGCCGCCCAUGACACUGACUUCAUGGGAUACCAUAUCCCAAAAGAUACCCAAUUGUUUGUGAAUGCAUGGGCCAUAGGACGGGACCCAGAAUGUUGGGAAAACCCUAAUUCAUUUGAGCCCGAGAGGUUUUUGGGCUCAAAGGUUGACUACCGAGGUCAACACUUUGAACUCAUACCAUUUGGUGGAGGGAGAAGGAUGUGUGUAGGGGUACCACUAGCGCACCGUGUGUUGCACCUUGUAUUGGGUUCGUUGCUACACGAGUUUGAUUGGGAGCUUGAAAGCCAUGUGAAAGCCGAGACGCUGGACAUGAAUGAUAAAAUGGGAAUUGUUGUUAGGAAACUAGAACCACUAAUAGCGAUACCCAAAAACAUUAAAUGUUAGUUUAUACUUCAUAUAUAAGUUUGUUAUCGCUACAUUAUGAACUUUAUUAAUUCAGGUAAAUCUUCAUGUAUUGUGAAAUUUAUGUUAGGAUUAAGG